AUGGAGUUUGCGGUGGAGGAAAUCAACCGAAACCCCACCCUGCUACCAGGAGUGAAUCUGGGCUACCGUAUACACGAGACCUGUGGCAGCACCUACUGGACUCAGCGAGUUGCUCUGUCACUGGUCGGAGGAGACGCACACAGCUGCAACCUGACCUCCUCCACACCUGGUUCCAUGGCUUACGGACAACCUGGAGAGACCGCAACAGCGCCUCAGCCUGUUCCUUUGCUCAUCGGUCCUGACUCAUCGACAACAGCCAUAGUUCUGUCCAGGGUCCUGGGGCCUCUUUCUGUGCCGAUUAUCAGCUACUUGGCGAGCUGCCCUUGUCUGAGCGACAGGCUUAACUUUCCUAACUUCUUCAGAACAAUCCCCAGUGAUAUUUACCAAGCCCGGGCCAUGGCACAAAUGGCCAUUCGCUUCCACUGGACUUGGAUGGGAGCGGUGAUUGUAAACAAGGACUAUGGAAAUCUGGCAAUACAGGCGUUUCAGGAAGAGACGCAUGGGAAAGGUGUGUGUUUGGAGUUCAUAGAGACUGUGCUUAAAGAAACUAUUGCGAGAGAUGCCAGCCGUGUAGCCCUCACGAUUCAAGCUUCCACUGCCAGGGUGAUUCUGGUCUUCUGCUGGUAUACAGAGAUCAAGAAAGUCUUUCUGGAACUGGCAAAGAUGAAUGUAACUGACAGACAGUUUUUGGCCAGUGAGGCUUGGAGCACCAGUGAUGAUCUUCUUCAAGAUCUUGAAGUUUCUAAAGUGGCAAGUGGGGUUCUUGGUGUGGCCAUUCGAAGCUCAACAAUACCCGGAUUUAAAAAUUAUCUCAGGGGUUUGCACCCAAUGCGCCGUCCUGAUGAUGAUUUCUUAAGAGAAUUGUGGGAAAAGGAGUUUGGAUGCAGUCCUUUAGCAGGCUCCUCUGAGAAAGGCACUCUGCCACUGUGCAGCGGGACGGAAUCACUGGAGGAAGUGAAUCAUCCUUUAACGGAUACCUCCCAGCUAAGGGUGGCGUAUAACGUGUACAUUGCUGUUUACGCUGCAGCUCACGCCCUUCACAGCCUUCUCUCAUGCCCAAGAGAAAGCUCAACUGGAAACAACAACAGCUCCACCUGGGUUUCUCCAAACCACAUAGAAUCCAAAGAGCUGUUGCAGCACUUGAACAAAUUAAAUGUCACCACGCCACAGGGGGAAGUGUUUUAUUUCCAAGGUGGUGACACUCCAGCAAAGUAUGACCUUGUUAACUGGCAAAGCACCCCUGAGGGGUCACUCAAACUUGUUUUGAUCGGUCGCGUGGACGGGUCCGACCUCCACCUUAACGAAUCGGCCAUUCAGUGGAGCACAGGAUCCAAUCAGGUGCCCACCUCAGUGUGCAGAAAGAGCUGCCUACCAGGUACCCGAAAGGCCAACAGGAGAGGAGAACCUCCCUGCUGCUUCGACUGUAUUCAAUGUGCCGAAGGAGAGAUUAGCAACCAAACUGAUUCCCUUAAGUGUGUACAUUGUCCAUCAGAGUUCUGGUCCAAUGCUGAGCGAACUGCAUGCAGCCCUCGCCUGCUGGACUUCCUGUCCUUUAAUGAAACCUUGGGCAUCACCCUGACUACAGUCGCUGUAUCUGGUGCUGCAGUGACAACAGCUGUUUUUGUGAUGUUUCUCUCCUACCGUCAAACACCUGUGGUGCGAGCCAACAAUACAGAACUGAGCUUCCUGCUCCUCCUGUCCCUGAAGCUGUGCUUCCUGUGCUCACUGGUGUUCAUCGGCCGUCCAUCCGUCUGGUCUUGUUGGUUCCAGCAGGCAGCUUUUGGGAUCAGCUUUGUGCUUUGUGUUUCCUGCCUGCUGGUCAAAACCGUAGUAGUCCUUGCUGUUUUCCGCUCAGCUCGGCCUGGUGCUGGAGCCUUGAUCAAGUGGUUUGGUCCACGCCAACAGAGAGGAAGUGUCUGCUUCUUUACAUCUAUACAGAUUAUCAUCUGUGUGACGUGGCUGUCCCUCAGCCCCCCUGUGCCACAACGUGCUCUGGGUUUCCAAGGGUCAAAGGUCACCUUGGAGUGCAACAUGACCUCCGUGGUGGGCUUCUCUCUGGUUCUGUGUUACAUCGGUGUGCUGGCCGGCACCUGUCUCCUCCUGGCCUUUCUUGCACGGAAACUACCUGACAAAUUCAACGAGGCCAAACUGAUCACUUUCAGCAUGCUGAUAUUCUGUGCCGUUUGGGUAGCUUUUGUUCCUGCUUAUGUUAGCUCUCCAGGGAAGUAUGUCGUUGCUGUGGAGAUUUUUGCAAUCCUUGCGUCCAGCUACGGUUUACUGCUUUGCAUUUUUGCACCCAAAUGUUUCAUAAUUCUCUUCAGGCCUGAGAAAAACACUAAGAAACACCUAAUGGAAAAAUAUCUUCUGGGCUCAUCCCUGCUCCUCGUGGGGCUCGUGAGCAGACAGCUGGGGCUCCGAGUGGGGUUGCAGGUGGUUCAGGCAGCUAUUUGUUCCCGGUGGGGCACGUCAAGCAAUCAGAGUAUGUUCCAGGAGGGAGAUGUAGUGAUCGGUGGGCUCUUUAAUCUUUAUUUCAAGCCUCCAGCUAUCGACAGUGACUUCACUCAGCUGCCGUACUUCGAACCUUGCACGGGUUUGGAAAAUCUUCCACUACAGUACGCAUAUGCUAUGGUGUUUGCGCUGGAGGAAAUCAAUCAUAACACAACCUUGCUGCCAGGUGUGAAGCUCGGCUUCCAUAUUCAAGACAGCUGUGCCCUGCCCUUAUGGGACAUGCGGGCAGCUCUAUCGAUGGUUGGAGGAGGCAGCGCCAGUUGUGAUCAGACUGUUCCUUUGAUCAUUGGUGGUUCUUCAUCUAUUACAGCCCAGAUACUCUCCAGAAUCCUGGGGCCACUCGACAUACCUUUAUUGAGCUACACAGCUAGCUGUCCUUGUCUGAGUGACAGACUCCAGUAUCCUAACUUCUUCAGGACCAUGCCCAGCGAUAUUUACCAAGCACGAGCCAUUGCCCAGCUUUCCAUACGCUUCAAAUGGACCUGGAUCGGAGCAGUUGUAGUAAACAACGAUUACGGCCUUGUAGCACAAAAGAUUUUUGAGGAGGAGACUCGGGGGGCCGGGGUGUGUAUUGCAUUCGUGGAGACUCUCAAAAGGGAAAACAUUGUGGCAGAUGCCAGGCGGGCAGCCCUCACAAUUCAGGCCUCAACUGCAAAAGUGAUUCUAAUCUUUACCUGGUACACAGAUGUGAGAGAACUGUUCUUGCAACUAGCCAAGAUAAAUGUGACUGACAGACAGUUCCUUGCCAGUGAGGCUUGGAGCACCAGCGGUGAUCUACUCCGAGAUCCUUUCACUUCCAAAGUGGCAAGAGGUGUUCUGGGUGUGGCCAUUCGAAGUUCAGCUAUACCUGGAUUUGAACAUUUUCUCAAGAGUUUGAAUCCAUUCGAUCGUCCCGAAGAUAAGUUCUUGAAAGAACUCUGGGAAAAGAUGUUUCAUUGUAGACUUUGGGUCACAGCACAAUCUACAAAUACGUCUCCACCAUCACUUCAAAAGGAGUCUCUGCCACUCUGCAAUGGGACAGAGUCAAUGGAGGGAGUGCAGAGUCCAUUCACAGACAUCUCCCAGCUAAGAGUGACAUAUAACGUGUACCUUGCUGUUUAUGCUGCAGCUCACGCCCUUCACAGCCUCCUGUCCUGCCCGGAUGCAGAAAGCUCCACCAGAAACAGCAGCUUCAGCUGUUCCUCUCCCCAACACAUCAAAUCCUUAGAGCUGUUGCAGCAUUUGAGCAAAGUGAAUUUCACCACGCCACACGGGGAAAUAUUUUAUUUCCAAGAUGGUGACAUUCCAGCCAAGUACGACCUUGUCAACUGGCAAAGCACCACUGAGGGGACACCCAAACUUGUUUUGAUCGGUCGCGUGGACGGGUUUGACAUCCACCUUAACGAAUCGGCCAUUCAGUGGAACACAGGAUCCAAUCAGGUGCCCACCUCAGUGUGCAGCGAGAGCUGCCUCCCAGGUACCCGAAAGGCCGACAGGAGAGGAGAACCUCCCUGCUGCUUCGACUGCAUUGAAUGUGCUGAAGGAGAGAUUAGCAACCAAACUGAUUCCCUUAAGUGUGUACAUUGUCCAUCAGAGUUUUGGUCCAAUGCUGAGCGAACUGCAUGCAUCCCUCGCCUGCUGGACUUCCUGUCCUUUAAUGAAACCUUGGGCAUCACCCUGACUACAGUCGCUGUAUCUGGUGCCACAAUGACAACAGCUGUGUUUGUAGUUUUCCUUUACUACCGUCAAACACCUAUGGUGCGAGCCAACAAUUCAGAACUGAGCUUCCUGCUCCUCCUGUCCCUGAAGCUGUGCUUCCUGUGCUCACUGGUGUUCAUCGGCCGUCCAUCCGUCUGGUCUUGUCGGUUCCAGCAGGCAGCUUUUGGGAUCAGCUUUGUGCUUUGUGUUUCCUGCCUCCAAGUCAAGACUAUAGUUGUUCUGGCAGCCUUUCGCUCAGCUCGUCCAAGUGCUGGAGCCUUGAUGAAGUGGUUUGGUCCAGGCCAACAGAGAGGAACUGUCUGCUUAUUUUCCUUCAUACAGGUUUUCAUCUGUGUUGUUUGGCUACUGUCCGGCCCCCCUGUGCCUCGAGUUGACUUGGAUAUCCCAGGGGUUAAAGUGUCCUUGAAGUGCACCAUGACCUCCGUGGUGGGCUUCUCCCUGGUUCUGGGUUACAUUGGUCUACUGGCCUGUACCAGUCUUCUCCUGGCUUUUCUUGCUCGGAAACUCCCCGACAACUUCAAUGAGGCCAAACUGAUCACUUUCAGCAUGUUGAUUUUUUGUGCUGUUUGGGUAGCUUUUGUUCCGGCUUAUGUUAGCUCUCCUGGAAAAUAUGCUGUUGCUGUGGAGAUUUUUGCAAUACUCGCCUCUAGCUAUGGUUUACUUUUCUGCAUCUUUGCGCCAAAGUGUUUUAUUAUUCUUUUGAGGCCUGAAAGAAAUACUAAGAAACACCUGAUGGCCAAGUAGAAGAGAAAUGAAUGGAACAGCCCAUAUGUCUUUGCAUUUCAUUUAAAUAUAAAUAUUUGCCUGCUAAAAACGGUUUUCGUUUUCACAUACUUGUGA